AUGCCGCGAGGCGCCGUGUUUCACACGCUGAGCUACCUGUCGUUUUCAGAUAUCGUGCGCUUGCUGUGCGCCGACAAGCGCCUGCGGCCGUUUGCAAACGCGCGGCACUUUGCGCCAUGGCGCAAGCGCUUCCUGAAGCUCGCCGCGGCCGAGGCGGCGUACGAGGCGUGCGUGCGCGCGGGUGAGGAGAGCGGCGAGACAGAGGACGCGUUUGUCGCUGCGUACGGCGAGGCGCUCUCGGCGCUCCAGCUCGCGCGCGCGCCGCUGCAGAUGCACGAGAUGCUGCACGCGGUCGUCGCGCAGGACUUUGACGCGGACGCGGCGCAGAUGUUUCUCGUGCCGUGGAUCAUGGGCCGCUGCGAGGCCGGGAGUGCGUUUGCGCGCUUCGCAGCGCCGGUCGCUGUCGAAAUGCUGUGCUUUGCGCGCGUCUUUUUUGUCGUGCUGCGCCUGUCGCGCCACUUUAGCAGCGGCCCGUCGCACCGCCCGUACCACCAGAUGGUGCAUGUGCUCGACGCGGAUGCGGAGAGCGCGCUGCACCGCUUCUUUUCGCCGCGCCUCGCGCCGACGCCGCCCGACGCGCUCACGAGCGAGCAGGCGGCGUUUGUUGCGCACGACGUGCGUCCUACGGAUCUCGUGUGUGUCCAGGCCUAUGCCGGCACCGGAAAAACGCGCUCGCUGUACGCGUACGCACAGCGGCGGCCGUCGUCGCGCUUUCUCUACAUCACCUUUAACGCAGCGACCGCGCGUGCGGCGCGCGCCGCGUUUCCGCCGAAUGUCGAGUGCCGCACGAUGCACGCGGUCGCGCUGCGGCACGUCCAGCUGCCUGACGGCCAGGCGCUCGGGACGCUGCGGCCGCGCGACGUGGUCAAGCUCCUCCGGGGGCAGCUUCCCGAAGGGCGGCGCAUCAAGGACGAUGCGCGCCCCGAAAAGCUCGCUGCGCCGUCGGUCGCGACGUACAUCCUGCGCACGCUCGACCGCUUCAUGCAGUCGGCGGAUCCCCAGAUCCGUGCCGACCGUCAUGUGCCGAAACACAUGGCGCAGUGCACGGACCUCCGUGCGAACGACGUGGCGCACGCCGCAGCGGCGCUCUGGGACAUGAUCUGUGCAGGGCGCACCGAAUGCCCGCACGACGCGUACGUCAAGCUCUUGCAUCUGCAAGGAAAGAGCCAUUUCGGGGACUAUACCGCGCUGCUCCUCGACGAGGCGCAGGACUUGUCCGCGUGCCAGACCGCGAUUCUGCUCCGUGCGCGGGGCACGUCGGCGGUCGUCGUCGUGGGCGACGUGCACCAAAAGAUUUACGGGUUCCGCGGCGGGAGUGCGGCCGCGUUCCACGCGCGGACCUAUCCCCCGACGGCGCACUUUCAGCUCACGCAGAGCUUCCGCUUCGGGCCGCAUGUCGCGCGGCUCGCGAGCCAGGUUCUGUCGCUCAAAGCGCCGCCGCCGUGGGCGCCGCACACGCCCGCGCCCCGCCUGCACGGCACGGGGCCCGACGCGGUGCUGCUCGGGACGUCUGUGCAUGGGCCCCAUACCCGCGUGUACCGCACGAAUGCGCUGCUUGCGCACGACGCGCUGCGCCUCGCUGCGAGCGGCACGCCGCGCCUAUUUUUGAAAACGAGCCAGGCGAUGCAGCCUGCCGCGCUCGCCGCGCUGCUGCGCGACGCAUAUACCUUGUACCACGGCGAGGUCCCCCCGCCGUCCUCGUCGCUGCGCGAGUUUGCCGCGUGGAAAGAGCUCGUAGAGCACGUCGAGGCGGACGACGGCGGGGGCGACAGUAAGCUCGCGCUUGUCGUGUCGCUCGCGCCGCUGCUGAGUGCGCCGACGUUUCUCGAGCACGUCGCACAGCUCGAGCACUGCUGCUGCGCUGCGCCGGAGGACGCGUCGAUCGUCCUCACGACCGUGCACCAGGCCAAGGGCCUCGAGUGGGACACGGUCGUGCUUGCGGACGACUUUUCGCCGACGCACGACGGCUGUGCGCCCGCGCUGCGCCCGCGCGUGCAUCUGCUCGGCGCGUGCGACGAGGUGAACCACAUGUACGUCGCGCUCACGCGUGCGCGGCGGGUACUGUGCAUCCCCCCCGGCGUCUAUGCGUGGGUCGCGGCACGAGAAGGCAUGUACCGCUUCCGCUACGCCGAGAAAAGCGCCAAGGCGCAGUGUCCGCUGUGCCGCACGCAGCGCGUGGCGCUCGUACAGCUGUGCAUGCCGUAUUCCGAGUCGGCGAGCCUCGCCGAUGUCCCCGUGUCAACGGCCGCACACACCUACGACGCGUCGCUCUUUUCUAUAGGGUGCCUCGCGUGCGUGCGUGCGCGCCUCGGCCUCGAUGCGGACCUCGAGGACUUUGUGCGCUGGGUCGACGGGUGCGGCGUGAGCACGACGACCGGCCGCCUGACGCCCGCGGCCGUUGCGCGCACCACACGCAAGCACGCGCCGUCCGCGCCCCGUGCGGUGCGCGCCCCCGCUUUUUCGACGUGCACUGAUCGGCGUGAUUUGUAUGCCGCGCUGCUCGAAGAGAUCAAGAGCAGCGUGCGGCGGUGGCGCGAGAUGCGGCACGCAUGGGUUGCCGAGACUACGGGCCCCGAGCCUAUGGAGACAGACGAAUAG